CGAGUAAAAAAAAUAUACCUGCGAGCGACAAUACUGAUAAAGAAAGGCACCGAUCGUCUUGUGAACUCCACCGAACUAUCUACGUGUCAGAGGCUUUAGCCAUCAAAGGUCGUUAUCGCGCGGAAGGUUAUCGUUGUUGGAUUUUUUUAAAAGGCGGGGAUAUGAGAUUUUUGUAUGCUGGUUAGCUUCACUUGGAAGUCAGUUUCGUCGAAGACCCCGUACGUUGACAGCGUCCGCUCUCUGAUGUCGGUUUAUCUAUCGGCGCUUCCUUCAGCAUCCGCUUGAAUUUCUAUCCGGGGUGCCGAAGGAUUUCUGAUCGCUGAUUCCUCGCCGCUCGAUUUUUCUCGCACGUCCGACGGGUGAGAAAAACGUCCUCCUCUGAACAAACUUAUUGUCGGGGGUGCAACCGACAAUACGCGUCUUUCUUCUAUUUUUUUUUUUUUUUUAAUAUAUUUUUCGGAUCUUUCAUUCUCGAGCGAUUCGAUUUUUCGAGGAUGACAAUCUCGGUGACCGACGCGGCGCUCGACAUGGAAAAGAAGGCGAUGAAACGUUGCACUCGACGCAGUCCUUUUCGCAGCUGGCUCGCUUGGACGUUCUGCGGUAUGUUUCUGACGAGCAUCACGGGUUUCUACGUGUUCUGGUACACCAAUGUUUUCGCAAACUACGUGUCGUCGUUUCUGGUGCUGCGGAACGGCACCCGCAGCUUCGACUGGUGGGUACGACCGCCCAUGAAAUUUAUGUACAAACUCCACGUGUUCAAUUACACGAACGUGGACGAGUUCGAGGCCGGCAACGCGAGCAAGCUGCACGUCCAGGACCUCGGCCCGUACAUUUACGAGGAGAGUUUGGAGCGCGUGAACGUGACCAUGCACGAUGAAAACGGCACGGUGACCUAUCAGGAGAGGAGAUCCUACAAGUGGGUAGGCGGUAGACCGGAAACGGACAGCGUCACGGUACCGAACGUGCUGUUGUUCUUCGCCACAGCGAUGAUACGAAAUCUGAAUUUCGGAGUGCGCUUAGUUACCAACAGUGUGUUGUUGACUCUGCAAGAGAAGCCGUUUGUCAAAGUGACGGCCGGCGGUUUCUUAUGGGGAUACGAGACCAAACUGUUCGAUAUGGCGAAGCCGCUCAUGCAACUCCAGCGAGAUAUACCGUUUGACAAAUUCGGUCUGCUGGCUAAGAAAAAAGCCAUUGACAAAGAUCGCAUCAUGAUACACACGGGAUUGCGAGAGAUCAACAAUCUCGGUAUGAUCGAUCGACUGAACGGAGAAGAAAACCGGGACAUUUGGGGUGACGAGCGAUGCGACAGAAUUAGCGGCAGCGACAGCAACCUGUUCCCACCCAAUUCAUUCGCAAACACAAACAAACCCAUCUACAUAUAUUCCAAGGAUCUUUGCGUGAAGCUACCCUUCCGGUUUUCCGAAGAAACGACCGUUUACGACUUACCGUGUUUAACGUACAAAAUGGAACCGUUAAAUUAUUCGCAACCUGAAAAUCAUUGUUUCUGUCCGAAAACGGACGACGGAUCGAGAAUCUGUCCGCCCGCCGGACUCUUGAACAUCUCCUCGUGCAUCUUCAAUUCGCCCUUGCUCUCGUCGUUCCCGCAUUUUUACAACGCCGACGAGUCCCUGUUGGAACAAGUAGACGGAUUGAAUCCUCAACAAAAGAUUCAUGAAAGCUACAUAAAUAUACAUCCGCGCUUUGGAUUAGCAAUCGCCGGUUGGUCGAGGCUUCAAGUGAAUCUGGACGUGCGAAAAGCGACAGGCACCUUCAUCGGCAGGCUGAAGGACGGUCAGAUUCUGCCGCUUAUCUGGAUCGAGAACGGAUUGGACGAACUGCCGGACACCGUGUUGAACGAGUUGAAAACGUCGCACGUUACUACGGUCGUUGUGGAAAAGAUCUUACAAUGGUCCGCUCUUACGGGCAUGAUAAUUUCUCUGAUCGCGCUGAUCUUUUAUUUCUGGAAGUAUCGCGCGGGAAUGGACGAGAAGAUAAUCGAAAAGAACACGUCCGGUCGGCACCCUCUCCUUCGAUUGUUGUAAUCGAACGAGAGACGUGUGAGAAAACGCGAAUUUCGAGAUAAUACGAGAUUAUCUAAAAAAUAUUGGAGAGAAAUCCUCUUGAAAUUUGUUCCAGCUGUGUUUCUUACAGAUCGAGUUCUCGGAGGUUUUCAUAUCUCACGCAAAUAUCAACAUUCAAUUGAGGUACUUGACUCGAACAUGUCAGUACCCGCACGAACACAAAUGUGUUCCGCAAUUUUGCGGCAAGAUUGCAGCGUGAAUUCUAACUAAUAUUCGCGCGAAUAGAAUUUACAAUACUUCAAGUAACAUUAACAAUUGCGCGUGAUUAAUGUAACGUGUGUGUGCGUGUGUGUGUGUGUGUGUGUGUGUGUGUGUGUGCAAUGCGAAAGAAGUGUUGAGAUAAAAAGAUCACAUGAUGAAGAACGUGUAAAGUUUACGGGAAUAGAUUGGUAGUUUCACACGUAUUAUGUUGCACCAUGACAAGAAGAAGAAGAAGAAGAAAGGUCACGCCUUGCAAGUCUGUGAUUGAGAUUUUAUCGAAAUAAAUGGUACACUUUACGUCGACACGGUCGCAAUUUGGUACGUGCAAUUUUUGGUACCAUCACUUUCGUCGUGUUAUUAAUGAACAAUUGCCGUGACGGUACGUUCACAUACAGCGAUAUAUUGUACACAUGUUCGUAUCAUGUUAUCGACGAUAAUAGAUGAUAGUACUUAAUUAAGUGGUAACAUGUCGGGAGUACGUAUUACAUACGAUCGAUUUAAUUAACAAGCGCGGGGUUAAACGGUUUCUCGACGGGUAACACAAAGAUUGAAGAAUGUAGAUUUUAAGAUUAACGGACGGACAUGGGUCGUUUUCGUCUGGAGCAGAAUUACUUUCUGAAGAAAGUAAUUUUUCUUGUUGUCAUAUUUGCUAAAAAUUCUGAAUUAAAACUUUUUUUUCCCUAAAUUUAAUGAUGGUGUCUUACAAUAGACAGUUUCAAGAGUAUAUACACAUUGUUUCAGAUUUUUUUAGAAGACGAAAACGACCCAUGUCCUGCGAAUUAAGGUGCCGAAACACACGCCGUCCGUUGAUGAUUAAGUUGAACCUUUGUGUCUGUGCGAGUUUUCGAAUUUUUCUCGAAUCGCGAACUCGCGAUGUUAUUUAAAAGACAUAUAUAUAACAACUUCUUUUUGUUUUUUAAAAAAAACAUUCAAAGAAUAAAAAAAGUAUCCGCUCUGUGUACUCUCUUCGCUUGAUAGUUGGACAUUUGAUUUAUAAAGACUACUCGUAAGUACAUAA